AUGGGGCGCUGUGGCGCACAUCGGGCCUUCCCCCAGCGCGGUCCCCUUAAGCCGCCCCUCCCCCCGCUGGCGCUGCGCCCCCUGACGGACCGACCCGGCCAUGACCGCCAUGACGGCACCCGCUACGAGGCCGCGCUGCUGUUGGCGGCCGCCGGGGACGCGCUCGGUUUCCGCGCGGGGCUGUGGGAGUACUGCACCGCGGGAGCGCGCAUCCACCGCGAGCUGCGCGCGCUGGGCGGGCUGGGCAGCAUCGAACUGCGCCCCCCCGAGUGGCCGCUGAGCGACGACACCGUCCUGCACCUCGCGACCGCGGAGGGACUGAACAGCGGGCUGGAGGGCGAUGAACUAUUGCAGGAGUUGGCACGGCGCUACGUGGCGGCCAUGGGGGACAUGGAGGGCCGCAAACCGGGACCCAGCAGCAUCCUGGGAACGUCGCAGCUGCGCCCCGGGGAGCCCCAGGGGUACCGCAUCCCCUUCAAUCCCACCGGCACCGGCUGUGGGGCAGCCAUGCGCAGCCUGGCUAUAGGGCUCAGGUACCCACGCCCGGAGGAGUUGCCGAUGCUGAUUAGGGUGAGCAUUGAGAGUGGGCGCAUGACCCACCACCACCCCACAGGGUACCUGGGUGCGUUGGCCGUGGCGCUGUUUGGGGCGCUGGGGGUGCGCGGGGAACCCCCCGAGGUGUGGGGCGCUGAGCUGCUGCGCGUUCUGCCCCAGGCGUGGGAGUACGUGGAGGGUGAAAGGGUGGCCGUGGAGGACAAUGCCGCUGCGUGGGACUUCUUUGGGGACAGCUGGCGCCGGUACCUGGAGUCGCGGGGUCUCCUGGGGGGCGGCAGCGCCCCACAGGUGCCAUCUCUGCCGACGCCGGAGGAGCGCGAUGCUGAGUACGUGCGCUGGGCACUGGGGGGCUGGGCCGGGCGCAGCGGGCACGACGCCCCCAUGGUGGCCCUGGAAGCUCUGCUGGCAGCGGGGGACAGCUGGGAAGAGCUGUGUGCCCGCGCCGUGCUGCACGGCGGCGACAACGACUCCACCGGAACCAUCGCCGCCGGCUGCUGGGGGCUGCGCUGGGGGCUGCAACGCGUCCCCCCCGGCAUGCACCGCCACCUCGAGUACCGCCAGCGCCUCUGCGACGCGGCGCAGCGCCUGCACGCAUUGGCCUGGGGGCACUGAGCGCUGUGUCCGCAGUAAACAUGUGCCACAAUGCAGCGUGUUGGUGUGCGUCCUCAGCGCCCGACCCUGCUACGGGGGCUCUGCAGGGUGUUUGGGGGCUCGUAAGGUCUUUCAGGGGGUCUGGGGGACACUGAGGAGCACUGUGGUGCUUCGAGUGGCACUGGGGGGGCACUGUGAGUCUCUGAGGGGCUUGUUCAGGAAUGUGCAGCAGCGGGCGCAUGCGUAUUGCUGUUGUGGAACUGGAGUUAAAACUGAUGCUUUUUAUUGCCAUUCUGGAACUGCCAAA